UGGAAAUAAAAUCUAAAGAUUCUUCAUUACAAAAAUAAAAAUAAAAAUAGAGAGGACAUGGGAUUAAAAUUGCUACAAAUAAAAUACAUAUAUUCAUACAAGUACAACUUGAUUUAAAACAUAUUGUAACCGGAGAUUCAAAAGUAAAAUGCGGAGACAUGAGAGUUAAAAUGGAAAAUGUGAUUUGUUUUCACUUAUUUAUUUAUUUAUUUUUGAAAUAGAUAUGAAAACAUGAUUUGUUUUCACUUUUCGACCAUUGUUUUCAGAAAACUGGGAAUCAGGGCCAGUGGAAUAUUCUUUCUCUGUGAAUUUUGUUGAGCUGAGGCGGAGGAGUUUGGAUUUUACUUUAAUAAAAGUAACUGGCCGUUUUCAAAUCUCAUUAGCGACUUCACAUGAAACAUCUGAUCAGUCAUUCUCUACACUCAACUCCAUUAGCUCUGCAAUCGCUGAGGUGGUUCUCAUCAAACAAACUCCAAUUCCAAUGGAAAUCAAAAACCAACGUAAUAAUCACAAACCCAGUUUUGCUAGUCAUGGAGUCUUGCACGACAAUGCUCCAGCUGAAGCAAAUCCAAGCGCACAUGACUCGCACUGGCCUCAUUACGCACACUUUCCCGGCAAGUCGGGUCUUGGCCUUCUGUGCUCUUGCCGGUGCCGGUGACAUUCAGUAUGCGCAUACCUUUUUUACCCAGAUUGAAAAACCCAAUACUUAUAUCUGGAACACAAUGAUAAGAGGCUACUCUAUAGCUCAGAUUCCUUCAAUGGCUGUUUCAUUUUUCCGCCAAAUGAUCCGGGAACGCGUCGAAAUGGACAGCCUUAGUUUUGUUUUUGCCCUCAAGGCGUGUGACCAGUUUCCGGGAAUUUUAGAGGGUAAUUCGGUCCAUUGCGUGAUUUGGAAAUCGGGUUUUUAUCCUGAUUUGUUGGUACGGAAUGGGCUAAUACGUUAUUUUGCUGAACGCGGCUGCUUAUUGUUUGCACGCAAGAAAUUUGAUGAAAGUUCUAUAAGGGAUGUGGUUACAUGGACGACAAUGAUUGAUGGGUAUGCAAUGCAUAAUUGCUCAGAGGAGGCUGUGAAUUUAUUUGAGUUGAUGCUGUUGAGUAACGUUGCGCCAAAUGAAGUUACCAUGAUCACCGUGCUUUCGGCCUGUUCUCGGAAAGGAGAUAUUGGUAUGGCACAGAGAAUUCACGAUUACAUAAAAAAGAAGAAUGCAGAUUGCAGCCUGAAUUUGCUUAAUGCUAUGUUGAAUACGUAUGUAAAAUGUGGUUGCUUGAUCAUGGCAAAAGAGAUUUUUGACAACAUGAAAACCAGAGAUGUGUUUUCCUGGACUAGCAUUGUUAAUGGCUACGCUAAAAGUGGUGACUUAGAUUCAGCAAGGAAGUUUUUUGAUGCUAUGCCUGAAAAGAACCUGAUAUCUUGGAAUGCAAUGAUAGCAGGUCACUCUCAGAAUAAUCAACCAAAGGAAGCAUUGAAGUUGUUUCAUGAAAUGGUGGAAGCAGGUUUGGUUCCAAUUGAGAAUACUUUGGUGUGUGUACUCUCUGCUUGUGGUCAAUUAGGCUGCCUGGAUUUGGGUCAAUGGGUUCACCAAUACUACAUCAAUACAAAAGGGAUUCAACUUAGUGUGAUUUUAUCGAAUGCAUUCAUAGACAUGUAUGCUAAAUGUGGAAAUAUUGAUGCUGCCGCUAAUUUCUUUAAUGAAAUGUCAGAAAGGAAUUUGGUUUCUUGGAAUAUCAUGAUUGCUGGAUAUGCUGCUCAUGGUCAUGCAAAGCAAGCUCUUACCCUUUUUGAGCAAAUGAAAAAUAUGAGAUUAAAGCCUGACCAUAUCACAUUUCUUGCAGUCUUAUCGGCUUGCAGCCAUGGUGGGUUCGUUUCUGAAGGCAGAGAAUACUUCAAAAGCAUGGUUAGGGAUUUUGGACUCGAGCCUAAAGUGGAACAUUAUGCAUGCAUGAUAGAUUUGCUCGGCCGAUUCGGAAUGCUUGAAGAAGCUUAUGAAUUGGUAACAAUUAUGCCAAUGGAACCAAGUGAAUCUGCUUGGGGUGCGCUUCUAAAUGCAUGUACGAAGCAUAAGAAUGUUGAACUGGCUAAGCUUUCUGCUCAGAAACUCUUAGACUUGGAUCCUCAAGACAGUGGAAUUUAUGUGCUGCUGGCAAAUGUGUGUGCAAAUAGUAAAAGAUGGGGUGAUGUAAGAAGGGUUAGGAGCUUGAUGAGAGAGAGAAGAGUCAAGAAGAUUCCUGGACAUAGCUCUAUAGAGUUGGACGGUAAGUUUCAUGACUUUUUGGUCGCUGAUGAAUCACACCCUCAGGCUGAAGAGAUUUAUAGAGUAUUAAAGGAAAUUCUUUUGGUCUCUAAUUUGGAGGACUAUAUACCAAACAUAUCUCAAACUUUUUUAACAUAACGUGUAUGAUAAUGAUUUAUUAACAAAUAGUCAAUUGAUUUCGGAGAGGAUAAAGUGCUAUAGAAUUAUGUUAACGUUGAUAACUCUUUAGUUGACAUUUUUGUUUAGUUUGAACAAUAACUUUAAAUUUAAUGACAGUCAUAGUAUAAAUUUUAUGAACAUAGGAUUAUAAAAUCUGUCAUGUUAAUCUCAACACCCGCCUUUUUUUUUUUUUUUUUGUCUGCCGCACAAUUUUCACCUAUAUUUUUAAUAUACCUAUAUAUAUAAUACAUUUAUAUUUAUGAGAAACUAGGACAUCAAAAUA